AUGGCCCAUCAAUUAUAUUCCCGCCAAAUCAACAAGACUACAUUACCCCAAACUUCCAACAUUCUGUCCUCAGCUCUACAACACUACAUCAACUCAGAUACCCCUUUUCAUGGCCAAAAGAUCCAUACCCAUAUUAUAAAAACUGGGUUUCGUCCCAAUGUUAAUAUCUCUAUCAAACUUCUGAUCCUUCAUUUAAAAUGUCGGUGUUUGCAGUAUGCACGCCAGAUGUUUGAUGAAUUGCCUCAACGAACUCUUUCAGCUUAUAAUUAUAUGAUUGGUGGGUACUUGAGACAAGGUUUACUUGAAGAAUCGAUUAGUAUGGUUCGUAGGUUGGAUCUUGAUGGUGAAAGGCCUGAUGGGUUUACAUUUUCGAUGAUUUUGAAGGCUUCUACUAGUGGUGCCGAUGUGAUAUUGCCCCGUAAUACAGGGGGUUUAGUGCACGCCCAGAUUUUGAAAUUGGAUGUUAAGGCUGAUGAUGUCCUUUAUACAGCGCUUGUUGAUUCGUAUGUGAAGAGUGGUAAGGUUGGCUAUGCAAGGAAGGUUUUUGACAUGAUGUUGGAAAAGAAUGUGAUUUGUUCGACAUCGAUGAUUUCUGGUUACAUGAGUCAUGGUUCUGUGGAAGAUGCUGAAGAGAUUUUUAGGAAGACAGUUGAAAAAGACAUCGUGGUUUUCAAUGCACUGGUGGAAGGUUAUAGCAAAUCGGUUGAAACAGCUAUGAAAGCGCUUGAGGUUUAUGUUGACAUGCAGAGAUUUGAUUUUAGGCCUAAUGGGUCGACUUUUGCAAGUGUCAUUGGGGCUUGCUCUGUGUUGGCAGGAUUUGAGAUAGGUCAGCAAGUUCAGUGUCAGCUUAUGAAGAGUGAUCUUUAUAAGGAUGUGAAAAUGGGAAGUGCUCUUAUAGACAUGUAUUCAAAAUGUGGUAGAAUUGAGGAUGCAAGAAGAGUUUUCAACUACAUGCCAGUGAGGAAUGUGUUUUCCUGGACUUCAAUGAUUGAUGGAUGUGGGAAGAAUGGAGAGCCCAGGGAAGCGCUUGAGCUGUUUCAUAGGAUGCAACAGUGUAAUAUCGAGCCUAAUUACGUUACUUUCCUUGGUGCUUUGUCGGCCUGUGGACAUGCUGGCUUGGUCACCAAGGGCCGUGAGAUCUUUGAGAGCAUGGAGAGAGAUUAUUCAAUGAAACCAAGGAUGGAGCAUUAUGCUUGCAUGGUUGAUUUGUUAGGUCGUGCCGGAAAUUUACAGCAGGCAUGGGAGCUUGUUAAAGGGAUGCCUGAGAAGCCCAAUUCUGAUGUUUGGGCAGCUCUGAUUAGUUCUUGUAAUAUUCAUGGCGAUGUAGAGAUGGCGCAUAUAGCUGCCAAUGAACUUUUUAAGCUAAAUGCUAAAGGUCGACCUGGUGCGUUUGUUGCAUUAUCUAACACCUUGGCUGCUGCUGAGAGAUGGGAUAGUGUGAGUGAGCUUAGGGAGACAAUGAAGUUACGAGGGAUAUCAAAAGAUACUGCUUGCAGUAGGGUUGGAACUGAAAUUGAUUUAUAA